CGCUUUAUCAUGUGAACAUGUCGGUUAGAGGAGAGGCCUCCAGUCUCUCUGAGGACACAAAGAGAGGACAGAGACAGCAGGCCGGGCUCUGCUGGAUGUUAGGCUGGAUAUGUCCUGAAGGUUCAUGAUGUACCUGAGCAGAUGGACGGAGACAACUCGACCACUGACGCCUCCCAGCUGGGCAUUGCCGGGGAGUACAUGGCGUCCAGUCACUACGUUCUCCAGUCUCAAGAUGACGACGGAGAGGAGAAUCUCGGUGACCAUGACGACGGCGGCAUCAAAGAGAACUUCAGGGAGCAGGACAUCUAUCUUCCCAUCGCCAACGUGGCCCGCAUCAUGAAGAAUGCUGUUCCUCAGACUGGAAAGAUCGCGAAAGACGCCAAGGAGUGUGUGCAGGAGUGUGUGAGCGAGUUCAUCAGCUUCAUCACGUCGGAGGCGAGCGAGCGCUGCCACCAGGAGAAGAGGAAGACCAUCAACGGCGAGGACAUCCUGUUCGCCAUGUCCACGCUGGGCUUCGACAUGUACGUGGAGCCGCUGAAGCUUUACCUGCAAAAGUUCAGAGAGCAGCCCAGCUGGCAACAGACAGAGCAUGAGACAGCUGGGCUGCCAGAUGUGUGGGGAACUUCAACCAGAACCUGGGCCAUGAAAGGGGAGAAGGGGAUUCCCGGAGUGGCGGUGGGAGAAGGGCUGGGAGAUGAGCUCACAGACGACAGCUUCACAAAUCCACUACCAGCCGGGAUCAUCACAGCAGACGGUCAGCAGCAGAACGUCAUGGUGUACACCACCUCAUAUCAACAGAUCCCCACCGUACAACAGAUCCAGUUUUCAUGACGAGGCCUUACCCCCGAGCCUGAACACAGCGGCUCCUUACCAGGCCCACGCUCGCCGGAUGACCUCUGAUCCGCCACAGGGUAAAGGUCAUCAGACAGACAGGGAGAGGGAGAGGGGUGGGGGGGGGAGGGCGUCUGCAGAAACCCUCAUGUACAGAGAAAUCACUACCUGUUCAGUAGAAAGUGUAGUUCCUAGUUGUGAGGUACCAAAUGUUUUGGAGUGCAUCCAGACCAGCUGGGAAAAAGGAGGCUUUAUUUUAAAGGCUAGUCUUAUUACAUGAUUUAGUGGUCGACUUGUUUCUGUGUGUGUGUGUUAAUGUGUUUGCUUUUAUGCAUUUCUUUCUUUUAGGGCGGGUGGGAGGGAGGGUGAGGGGGGAGGAAUGGGAAGUGUUGUAUUAGAUGUUUAUUUUUGAACUCCUUCUCUGUUUGAACGGAGAGAAGGCUCGUUGUUACUGUCACAUCAGAUCAUGCAGCUCUUUUGUAAGUUAACACAAAUUACCAUGUGCUUUAAUGUUAUGUCAAUCCUUUGAAUAAAAAUUCAAAAGUGAUGUUUAAAA